AUGAUGAACCAGGUAAAACACCUUGUCCUCCUCACACUGCCUCUCUACAGGGACACAAUGACAUCGCUGGGUGAUAAAGGUGAAGGCCACUGGGAGACAACGGCAUUGCUGGGUGAUGAAGAUGAAGGCUCCGUCCAAACCCAGACGAAGGUCCUGAACCAGGGCUCCUGGACGCAGGUCAGCUGUCCCUGCUGUGUGUCUGAGCAGGUGGAGCCCCUGGUCCUCAUCCAGCUGUCAGACAACAUCCAGCCUGUCACCAAGAGGUGGCUCAUCUCCCUGAUCGGGGUGUCCGAGAGAGACGGAGGUGAGAGGUCAGGCCAGAUAGGGUCAGCAGCAGAUCAGACGUCUGAAUGUUCUUCAAUCUUUGUUGUGUUUUUUUCCAGCUCAGUACUAUUGAGUAUUAACCCAAUCUGAUUCAGCUGAUUCACUCAGGCUUCAUGAUUAGUUUAUUAGUUGAGUCUCUUGUUACAAAGUAGUGUACGUACAUCCAGUGACUGCUUUAUUAACGUGGGUUAAGCCUGACGAAGACCUUUGAGUCGAAACGUUGCACAAUACAACUGUGGAAGCGUUCAUCAGUGUGUGGGUAUCAACGUUUAUUAGCUGAAUCAAGUGUCAGUCAUUACUGGGCUGAAACUGAAGAUUGUAGGACUACACCCUCAAAGAACACCGCAGUAGAGGCAAGGAUAAUAUGGUUGAACCUUUCUCCUCCUCCCUGGACUAGGAGCAGCGUUGCUGGCCCACCCUGGAGAGGAUGAGUGUGGGGAUGUGAUCGUGGUGUCUGCUCCUCGGUGCACCCUCCUCAAAGCAACAGAGGACCUGGGUCUGUGUAAGAAAUACCGCAAUGGAGACAUGGUUGCUUUCUCCUACAACGACAGAGAAAACUUCAGCAAUGUUGGUAAGAAUGUUGGUAAUGGCAGGGGAAGAGUAGAGGGAUAGUUAUGGUAAUAACAGUUACUAACACGACUAGACAAGUUGUAAUUGAACUUGUUGUGUAGAUCUUCAGCACCCAAUACACCUUCUGUAGAAAUACAAUCAACACAUUCACUGUGGUAAUAAACUGUAGUAAUAAAGAUCAAAUGAAAUAUGAAAUGUAAUAUAUAUGACAGACUUCAUUGACGCCUGUCCUCUGUGUUAUCAGAUGACAUGCAGGAGUUCCUGACGCUAGCGGAGCGUCAGUACAUAGUCAAGUAUGAGCUGGACUUUCUAAGGGCCCAGAAGGAGCAGAAAAUCCCUGGAGUCCCUGAGUCUCAGGGGGUCCUGAAGGCCAGGGAGAACAUAUGUGAGUCUCUACUCUGUGUGUGUGUGUGUGUGUGUGUGUGUGUGUGUGUGUGUGUGUGUGUGUGUGUGUGUGUGUGUAUUAGAUAUUCGGUUUACCUCAGCAUUUUCUGUUCUCUUUGUCAUGAUCUUGCUUAGCUAAGCUGUUCUGCAGCAGAGCACCACCUCUGGUUGAUCAUUUCUGUGCUCUCUCCUGUCCUCUCUUACUGCUCUGUGAUCUGUAUUUGUCUGAGGACUACAGCACACUGUCCCUUACAUAUGCUGGAUAGUGUUAACAGUGUAAUGCAUUACUGCCGAGCUUCUGGCUAUGUUACCUCCUCUUCCCCAUCUGUAUGUGUAGUAAUGGUAGUUGUAUUGUACAGCUCGCUGUCCUGUCCUAGCUCAUCCCUUCUGUCUCUGUGCUGUAGGUCAGAAGCUAGAGAAGGCAGGAGUGAUAAAGGAUAUCUUCCCUCUGCAUGACAAACAGAGACUGACAGACUUGGGCAGGAAGUGGUACUCUGGGAAGCAGAUAUGGGGACAGCCUCUCGGUAAACAACAACAACAUAAAUAUAAACAUAGACACACGCACACAAACUUGUAUUCCUUUAUCCUACUAAUGGUCUCUCUCUCCCUUAUGCAGACUCUAUCCAGGCCUACUUCGGAGGCACCAUUGGGUUUUACUUCAGCUUUCUGGACUUCUACACCUGGGCCCUGGUGCCCCCUGCUAUCCUAGGCCUGGUCCUGACCUUUCUGCUGCCUGGAGGUGGAUCAGGAGGUGGGGUUGUGAAGGAGCAGGCUGGGGAGGGGGUGAUGGAGGGGAUGGUGGAGGUGGACGACAGCCCCUCGGUCAGCGGUCACAUGGUACAGGCCAUGUUCAGCAUGCUGUGGUCCACGCUGGUCAUGGAGUUCUGGAAGCGCCGCAGCUCCUCCAUCUCCCACCGCUGGGGCUUGCUGCACCUGACCGAGCGCUUCGCCGAGCCACGACCUGGCUUCCACGGCACCCUGGGGAUCAACCCUGUGACCGGGCGGCUGGAGCCCCUGUUCCCGGAGUGGCAGAGGCAGCUACGUGUAGGCCUGGUGUCUGUGCCCCUGGUGGGGUUGUUCCUGGGGCUGGUGGUGCUGGGUAUGACAGGGUUCUACCACGGAGAGGCCCUGGCACAGGGCUUCCAUCAGGACAGCGGCUCCCUGUUCUCUGGAGCUCUGCUCUACCUUCCCUCUGUGGCUCACAUCGUCUACACCAACAUGCUGGGGAAUGUGUACCGCACUGUGGCCAUGCAACUCACAGAGUGGGGUGAGAAAGUGCACUGGGCGAUGGGGAGGGAGAUGGGUUAGAUAGGGAGGAGGUGAAAGAGAAGUAGAUAGAGAAGAGGGAGAGAGACAAUACGUUUGAUGUUGAUGAAUUAUUGUGGUAGGGGGUAAAAUGUUUGGGAAAACAGAGCUAAGUUCACCAAAGGGCAUAGAAUAAUAGAAUAAUAGAGAAUGCAAAUGGAUACAAGGUGUCACAGAUUGUCUGUCUGUGACACCUGAAAAUCUGUUUAUUUUCUUCUUGUAGAAAACCACAGAGAGGAGUCCUCCUUCCAGAACCAUCAUACCACCAAAGUCCUCCUGGUCAGUCCCACUCGUCCUUCCCCAUCUGUCAGUCUAUUCCUCCACAUCCUCCUCCUCCUCCUCCUCUCCCUCUGGUCCUCCCUCUCUCUCUGUUCCUACUGAAUAUCUAAAUCUGUUGCAAUAGUCCCUGGUGCAGAGCUAAAUGUGUUCUGAUACAGGAAGGUGUAUUACAGAUCGGCUAAAUGUAUUCUGAUACAGGUAGGUGUAGUGUGCAGAUAGUAUCAUCUGUGUAUGUAUAAGCAGAUGUGGGAGCCAUUCCUCAGUGAGAGGCAAAUCAGAUACAGUAAAACAGGAUAUGUAUUCAGUGUUUACCCUAUAUGCAUUUAGCAGCGGCGGUGCGUAAUUUUACCAUCCUGAAUAAUUUUCGGUAAAACAUUUUCAGUGUAAACUUAAAUGACUAGAACUAGAUAUAAAGUAUGUAGAAAAUAUAAUGGAGCAAUAUAUUUUUUAUUAAGAUCACCUCUGAGAACUAACAUCGCCAAAAUAAAAAAGUUGUCAUGGCAUGAUUGAUUUUGUUAUAAUGUUUGAGUCACUCAGAUAGCAUAAAAACACUGCAUAAGCCAUGGCCAAAUGUGUACAAUUGCAGAAAACUAGCUUUAAAACUGCACAUUUUCUCUCAACCCCAUGGCAAAAUGUGUAGAAUUGUAGGAAACUAGCUUUACAACUGUAAAAUGUUAUUUCCGCCCCAUGACAAAAUGUGUAGAAUUGCAGGAAAUUAGCUUUGAAACUGCAAUUCUUCACUCAGCCCCAUGACAAAAUGUAUAGAAUUGCAGGAAACUAGCUUUAGAACUGUGAAAUGUUCUCUCAGCCCCAUGGCAAAAUGUGUAGAAUUGCAGAAAAUUAGCUUUAAAACUGUUAAAUAUUCUCUCAGCCCCAUCGCAAAAUGUGAGAAUUGCUGGAAAUUAGCUUUAAAACAGCAAAAUGUUGUCUCUGCGGCCUCUAAACCCCCCCGUGCCUCCAGAGAUAUUACUUCAAGCCAAAUUCUAUCUCCUUCUCUCUUUUUUUAGUUUACUUUCUUCAACUACUUUGCUGUGCUAUUCCACAUUGCCUUCUACAAACAAGACCUACCACUGCUAAGGAAGGUAAGAGAUGUCAGCUGGGCAGCACUGUUUGUCUAUGACUGGCCAGCGGAAAUUCUAUACAAUGUAACAGUAGAAAUAGCUCAUGUUAAACGGUAGAUCCAAAAUAAAUGUUUUCUUGAGCUGUGCAACAGAACAGAUCAUGUUCUCUCUGUGUGCAGUAUGUACUGAACCUAAAGUAAUUGAUCACAGUGUGUGUGCGUUUGUAUACAGCAGGUAACUAUUUGUGUGUGUUUAUCAUCUGUCUGUGUACACAGAGGCUUGCGUCUCUGCUAAUCGUGACCCAACUGGUGAACCAGUGUACAGAGGUGGUGGUGCCGUUUAUAGUGGACCGCUUCUUCAGUGCUCCUCAGAAGAAGCAGCAGGAGGAUGACCCAGAUGUGGACAAACUCAGAGCCCAGAGAAGCCUGCCCCCUUUUCCAGUAAGUCCAUGUAAAAUGUGUUUGUGUGUUUGAAUGUUUUCCUCUGUUUCUAUUCAUUGUGCUCUUGUCUGACUUUCUUUGUAUCUGUGCCGUAAGGGGUUGAAUUAAGGUUGGGUGUAUUUGCAUUUGUACUGUAUGUGACUGAAUGUUAUGUUUUGGUGUGUAACUUAUCGCAUUUAUCGCUAUGUUUCAGGGCCUGUUUGCUGAGUACAUUGAGUUGCUGGUGCAGUUUGGGUAUUUGAGUCUGUUCUCCUGUGUGUACCCGCUCACCGCCGUCCUCCUGCUCCUCAAUAACGUCACAGAGAUCAGAGCAGAUGCAUACAAGAUCUGUAAACUGUUCCGGAAGCCCUUCUCAGCCCCUGUGUCCAACAUGGGAGUGUGGCAGGUCAGGAGGUUUUUAAGAGAGGGAAUGGAAUGUGAACAAACAGAGAGCGCAUUUUACUGCAGAUGGAAAUUAGCUAUGUAGCUAAAUCUGGUGAAUAAAUAGAUAAUUUAUUGUAAUUUUCAAAUCAGUGCCUAUCCAUGUCACUGUACACAUGCGUCUGUCUUUGCUCCUGUCCUUGUAUGUGCCUGUAACCAUAUUUCUGUAUGCCUGUGUAUAUUUCAGACAGCGUUUGAGGUUCUGGGGUUCGUGUCAGUCAUGUCUAACUGCUGGCUGCUGCUGCUGUCUCCUCGGGUCCGGGAGUUCUGUCUGGAGGGAGGGAUUAGCGGCAGGAACAUCAUACUCUUCGCCAUCCUGGUCGAGGUACAGUAUGAUUACAGUACAGUUCAGUAUCUUGCGCAUAACAGUUGUCUUAUUCAUAACAUAUUACUGUAUCAUUAUCUGCCCAACUGACAUAUGUUGUAUGUACACUGAGUAUACCAAACAUUAGGAACACCUUCCUAAUAUUGAGUUGUUUUUGCUCUCAGAACAACCUCAAUUAUUUGGGGCAUGGACUCAAGGUGUUGAAAGUGUUCCACAGGGAUGCUGGCCUAUGUUGACUCCAAUGCUUCCCACAGUUGUGUCAAGUUGGCUGGAUGUCCUUUGGGUGGUGGACCAUUCUUGAUACACACCGGAAACUGUUGAGUGUGAAAAACCCAGCAGUGUUGCAGUUCUUGACACAAACCGGUGCGCCUGGCACUUACCCAGUUCAAAGACACUUACAUUUUUUGUCUUGCCCAUUCACCCUCUGAAUGGCACACAUAAACAAUAUAUGUCUCAAUUGUCUGAAGGCUUAAAAAUCUUUCUUUAAUCUGUUUCCUCCCCUUCAUCUACACUGAUGAAGUGGAUUUAACAAGUGACAUCAAUAAGGGACCAUAGCUUUCACCUGGAUUGACCUGGUCAGUCUAUGUCAUGGAAAGAGCAGGUGUUCUUAAUGUUUUGUAUCCUAAUACUUAGUGUAUAUGUGUGUGUGUUUGUUUGUCAGCAUGUCCUGAUCCUGGUCAAGAUGAUUCUCGCUUUUAUGAUCCCAGACGAGCCAGACUGGGUCAGAAUCAAGAGGGAACAGAUUGAGUUUCACUCCAUGCAAGCUCUUGGGCAGCAG